AUCUCUGGUUGUAGUUCAUGAAUUUCCGGAUGAUUGACCAUGAAGAUGACGGAGGAAAAUAACGAUGAAAAUGUGACAAUAACAAUGGAAGAUGUCCAAAGUCUUAUAAAAAAGAAAGACCAAAUUGAAGAACAAAUUAAAGCUUACUAUGGCGUUUUGGAGGAUCAAAGCGUUGGAAUGGAAGGUCCUCUGGUUGACGCAGAAGGCUUUCCUCGUGCAGAUGUUAAUGUGUACCAGAUUAGAACAGCGAGGCACAGUAUCCAUUGUCUACAGAACGAUCACAAAGCUAUCAUGGUGGAAAUCGAGGAGGCCCUACACAGGCUGCAUGCUAGAGAGAGGGCAAAGCGCGAGCAGGACCAGGCAGGAUCCCAGACUGAGUCCACGAUGGAACAGGAGUUUAUCCUGCCCUCCCCCUUUGCCCGUGUGGAUGCUGUCUCACAAGGCUCCCCUGCCUGCCAGGCUGGCCUGCGAGUUGGUGAUGAAAUCAUAUCAUUUGGAUCAGUCAACACAGGAAACUUCCAAAACCUGCAGAACAUUGCUUCCGUGGUUCAGCAUAGUGUAGGGAAACAAUUAAGUGUUACAGUGAUUCGAAACGGACAGAAAACCCAAAUGGGACUUACCCCGCAGCAGUGGUCGGGCAGAGGUUUUCUGGGGUGCAACAUUGUCCCCAUCCAGAGAUAAUAAGGAUCAUGUAAUCAGCAGGAGUAAAGGGUCUCCAGCUAUGAAAGAGUGGCUAUAAAUAAAGGACAUAUUUCUGCAAUAGAGAUGGUUAGAAGACUUCCACAUUCUAGAAUGGAUAUUACCAUUGAAGGCAUCUGCCAUUUUAAUGGAGUCAACUGGUUGUAUUUCCUACUACUUUGGAACAACUUUUAGACCUCUCCAUCUCUACAGUUUGAUCUUGUUGAUUAAUAUGACUGACAUUAAGUCAUUGAAUGGCAAAUUCAUGUUCUAAUAAAAAGCAUUGUUUAACAUU